CUGCACAAUUGAUAGUAAAAAUCGUGGGCGGAGCUUCGUUUCCGCUGAAUCAGCAAUAAUUGCUGGUCCCAGUCCUUAAUGUACCUGAGAAGGACACAGCCUAACUUUUUAUACAAAACACUUCGACAGGACAUUCAGAACAUGCAUUAUUCAGGGGAAACUACAAUCAAUGUCUCAAAGAUAUUGGUGUUAGCUGUUGCUACUAUCGCUACAGCUCAAUCAUCACGAGAAUGCUUCAAUGGACAAAUUAGUGAAGGUACUACUAAUUUCCUUGAGUAUUGUUACAAUGGAGAAUGGAGAUGGAUUUGUUACCAAGACAGUCAGUGGAACCACGAGAAGACAAUAUCUGUAUGCACACAACUGGGUUACAGUGCACUCGGAGUAGCAGACGAGCAAUGUGGGACUAUACAAAGAAAAGUUGUCACAUUGACUAACUGCAAUGAACAGCAUCUCACAGAAUGCAUAGUCACGGCCAGUGACAACUGCACUACCUGUUCUUACUUGUAUUUAAUAUGUUCCGCAGCCGUCUGCACUGAUGGAGAGAUAAGACUGGUGGAUGGAUCCACCGACAGAGAGGGACGAGUGGAGGUGUGUGUGGGUGGCAGGCGAUGGAGGACAGUUUGCGCUGGCAGUCAAGAACUGGCAGGAGCUGUUUGUUCACAAAUGGGAUACAUCUUUGAAGCAAGUGUUGUUGCACUACCAAACUCAUUUCCUCCUGGAGCAUUUCCUGAGUACAGACUAGACUGUACACAACUAAGCAAUGGAGCGUGGCACUGUAGUCCAGUUGAACAACAAUGUGACAGAUUUGUGGAGCUUGGUGUGGUCUGUAAGAACUAUGAAGAUCUAUACAAUGAAUGUUCAAUGAACUGUACACUGCCAGUAGCUACUACACUGUCGACAAUAUUAACCAAUAUGCAAGUAACUACUCAGACGCCUACUAGUUUAGAUGAAGAAAUUUAUUCGACUCCUCGGGCAACGACUAAUAACAAUGGCAGCUCAACUUCACUGCUAGCAGUAAUUGCUGUUCUUGUUGUCCUACAAGUGACUACAAUGAUUGUACUAAUCAGCACCUGUGUUGUCUUCAAGAGGAAACUCAAACAAAAGGUGACCAUGGCUACACAACAAGUUGACCUAUCCUAUGCAGUGGUUGGAGGUACACAAACUGAAAUGAAGAUCGACCCCAACAUAGCUGCUAACCCAGCGUACGAGGCAGUCAAGUGUGACCAGGAGGACCACACCUACGAUGUCGUCAGUGAGGGGGUGGCUUCAAGACAGAGGAGGGGCAAUUGACAUUAAGUAUUAUUUAGAACACACCUAGCCAAGAUUAAGUGUUUUAAUCUGCGUGCCGUGGAUGGCCUCAAGGUUAACGUGGUGCUCGAGGCGCAGCCGAGUGCAUUACGUAACCGAGAGGCCAUCCGAGUGCACCAGCAUUAAAACACGUGACUUGGCUACGUGUAUUCUAAAGGAUUUAGUGCUGUCACGUGAGCUCUAUAGCCUCGUGGCAGCUAGAUCUAGCUACAUUUUAAAUCAGUUGCUGGUGGCUAGCUAUAGCUAGCUAGACGUAAUAGCAAGUUUUAGUAGGUUUGUAGAUCCAGUAACUGAUGCAAAGGAGAAGGAGAUACGAUCUAAAGCUAUCUGGACUGACUGGGCAUGUUCUCGACUUAUUUCUCCUGCUGACCAACAGUCCCGAUUUCACUACUGGAUAUGCCUCCAGCUGAUCUGGCUUACUGGAUGGGAAACUUUGUGCGCAAACUAUAUGGCAAUGAGUAUCUGGUUUGCUCUUUUGGAAAGCUAUGAUAUUCGAACCACCUUUGAUGAAACGAUUAUAUGGAUCUGGCUUAGGUACAGGUAUGUACAUCUUCGAAGCAAGCUGAGCCUAUUUCUCCAGACGAAAAAGCGAUGCUAUAGUCAAGUCAGCAAUUUGGUACACUUACUACACAUGAAACAAGUCGAAACAAUAACAUUCAACUUUCUCAGCUUUGCUUGUGUACAUAUUCAAUCUGCUUGUAUUAUUAUGAUGACAUUCAGAUUCAAUCUGCUUGUAUUAUGAUUGUUUGAUAAAAAGUGUGCAUUAACAAACCAACUUAAAGCACACUUAAGUGUGGAUUAAGUUAUUUAAUCCAUGGUCACCUGACUACAUUCAGAUAAGCUGAUUGGCUGGAGAUCAUGUGAUCAGCACUAACUUUAAAUAGAAGGUUGUGUGUGUAGCUCCUUAUAUUUACUAACCAAGAGUGUUAGAAACUAGAAGGCUCAUUAUUAUGACGACACGUAGAGGAGAGAAUCUUACAUGUGUAAUAGUGGACAAUUACUGCAUCGUGUACAGGUCAUGUGUACAUUCUUCAUAUAAUAGCCUGCAUAAAUAUGGCAAUAAUAACAUGUAUAGAUUCAUAUUCAGAGGUUUAGACGGUGCAAAAUAAACAUUAAUUGGUUAGGAUGUUAUUCUCAUAGGAUGGCCAGGGACAGUAACAAAUGUCUCUAUUUGGAUGUACGCUAUAAGAGAGACGAGCAUAAACUACUGAUCAUGGAAGCAGCAUGCACUUGAUGAGUUACAUGAAUAUAUAAGUUUGAAACAAUAACACAAAGUGACCCUUCAUCUUACCUCCAAGGUCGUUAGGUUCAAACACCCCCGGAUAUAUCCCGGACCUAGUCUGGUAUCGCCCAGUCAGCAGAACUGCUUGAGACGGACUACAUACUGGACUAGUGGUGUAGAACUGAGUGAAGACGAGACCCUGCUCGGCUAGUAACUGGAGGUGGGGGGUAUUGGAGGUGGGGUGUCCAUAGGGAGUGAGGUCGCCAUAGCCAAGCUGUGUGGAGGGGGAGGUAGUGACAAACAACAUAAAUAAAUCAGCAGCUAUAUACAUACAGUCAUAUAUAUUAGUAAAACCAGUAGGUUUUACAUAGGAUUGGCAGUGGGUUUGCCCAUGUUUAGCAAUAUUUCAAUUAUUUUGACUCCUGUUCAAACUGUUCUAUCUCUGCAGGGAAAGGCCACAUCAAGGAACUGGCUAGACAGAUAGUUUAUUUAGCCUUUUCUCUCUUUGUAUCUCUCAUUUCAUAAUCCAUGAACAUUUUAAUGAACGAAUAUUAUCAUUUUAAAAAUUGCACUAUUUCGACGUUUCACCGCUCUUUGUCUGACUGACUAAGUAGAUCUAAGUAAGUAGACUAAGUAAGUAAGUGAGUAAGUUUCUUGCCCAGCAUUUUCUCCAAGUACAGCCAUCUCCAGGACAUUCUGCACAGGGUUUCCAAACGACUACAACCUGGAUUACAAAGCGCUUCUUCAGAUUUGCGAUUGCUUCCACAAGGCAGAUGACCUCUCAGUAUCUAUUUCUCUUACCUAGACAAUUCCGCCAUCUUUAAUGACUCAGCAAUUUCGUUGUGGCCAAUUAAUAAUAGAUAGGCGUGGCUAAGAAACCGUGUGUGCCUAGCGCCUAAAAUCAGUGCAGCAGUGCUUUUCCAGAGCCUGAGGUGUUGUUUUCUUCACACUGUUCAGCUCUAGCUCCCUUUCUCUGACAGGCAUGCUAUAUGCACUGGCAUAUAGCAUGCUCUUAAAAUGGCUGUCAUUUAUAAUACUGAUUCACAAGUUCAACAUAUCAAGAACAUAACUCAUUACUAUAAUUAUUAGUCCAGAGAUAUUCGAGAAGAUAUCUGAUUAGUCCUGUCUUCUCUUCUUGAACUUCUGUACUGCCUCUUGACGUUCCACUUAUGCAUGUCAUAAUACGUAAAUUUAUACUUCUGUACUGAAAAAGAAAGGGAAUCCGACUAGAAAAACAUUUGCAAUGUGAAAAAUUGCUAGGAUUGGCCAGGGGAACCACAAAAAAGCGUGGAAACAAGAAAUCAGACGAGAGCAUAACUCCAAUCCGUUACAACGUCAUGAACAUGCACAAUGCAUAUAUAGACUGUGUUCCAGAUCCAUCUACCAUGCAGCUUCCAUCCACCACAUCAUUCCAUGCAGGUCACCAGUACGGUCCGUGCAUGUUACUACGCAUGGAUGGACUGUGUGUACCUGUGCUCAACACUGCAUGUAUUAGGAACAUCAAUUCAGUACAAAUCAUAAUGAUUAUAUGCCCGCACAUUCCAAAAUGGAUAUAUAAUAAAUAGCUAUAUAGGGAUUGCAUGGUCAUCACUCCACCAGUAAAAAUUGCGUGGUAUAUUGGCCAGGAAAACAUAGAAAACUACCAGUACAUAUGAUUGACGUUGUAACGGAUUGGAGUUAUGCUCUCGUCUGAUUUCUUGUUUCCAUGCUUUUUUGUGGUUCCCCUGGCCAAUCCUAGCAAUUUUUCACAUUGCAAAUGUUUUUCUAGUCGGAUAUAUAUAUAUAUAGGUCUACUUAUGUUAUACACUAAGCUAAGGAUACACUCACUACUUAUAUCUACAGGCACAGAAGAAGUGAGUGCAUGGUGGUCAUUUCACUCAUUCAAUUGUCAAUGCAAGCACGCACAUGCACACAACUCGUAUUAUAGCUACUGAAUUUGACACAACUACAUAUUACACAGAUGUACAGCAUACACCCACAUCAUCGACUAGGAACAGCACCACGUUGGGUGGUGUGGCGGCCAUGACAACGGCUAGCAGAGAGACCAACAGAAAACUCUCCAGUAUUCAAUUGAAAGUUUAGAAGAUGCAGGAGGAGGAGAGGAGUGAUAGACAACUCAGUUUCACAUGUACUACCUUUAGCAGUCAACAUCAACAUAGCAAGCUCAUUAUGCAUAAAAUUAAUGUGAGGUUAAACAACAUCCUGUACAAUUCGAAUCAAGAAGUUUAUAAUAGCCACUGUAGCCAAUGUGCUAAAUUAAUAUCAAAAUGCAAGCCACAAGCUUAUUGCUGUUGGUUGCUACUACUGCUAUUGCUACAGCUCAGCCACCAGAAUGCCUCAAUAUACAACUUCGUGAAUCUAUUUCAAAUGUCCUUGAGUAUACUGUUACAAUGGAGAAUGGAUAUGGCUCUGCCUUUCCGCAAACAGCCGAUGGGAUACUAAUAUCACAGUGGCUGCUUGCACACAACUGGGCUUCAGUGACUCUGGGAAAAUAACUAGAGGUGUACCACUGACGUGUCAUACGCCUCCAAUAAAAGUAGUCAUUCUGAGUGACUGCAACAGACUGGAACUAACAGAGUGCACGGUGACACCCAGUGACAGCUGUGGUGAUACCGGAUGCUCUCUUGUGAAAUUAGGGUGCAAUACAGCUAACUGCACUAAAGGAACCAUUAGACUGGUGGGUGGAUCCACUGACAGAGAGGGACGAGUGGAAGUGUGUGUGGAUGGCAGGCGAUGGAGGACAGUUUAUACACUCGCAAUCAAAAACUGGCAGGAGCUGUUUGUUCACAAAUGGGAUACAUCUUUGAAGGAGGCACUGUGGCAGCACUCAACUCAUUUCCCCCUGGAGCAAUCCCAGAGUACAGACUAAACUGUAGACAACAAACCAAUAGAGCAUGGAGCUGUAGUCCAGUUGAAGAACAGUGGGUUGGCUUUGUGGAGCUUGGAGUUGUUUGUAAUAAUGAAGAUAUAACGAACAUCCGAGAAACUACACAGUUGCCUACCACAUCAUUUACUGACAAUUUCACCACCUGUACUGCUAGUAGUGGUGUACUGGCAACUCUCCCACUAGCCGUAAUUGCUGUUCUUAUUGUCCUACAAGCAGCUACAAUGAUUGCACUGAUCAGCACCUGUGUUGUCUUUAAGAGGAAACUCAAACAAAAAAUGACCAUGACUACACAACAAGCUGACCUAACCCAUGCAGUGGUUGGAAGCUCACAAACUGAAAUGAAGAUUGACCACAACAUAGCUGCUAACCCAGCAUACGAGGCAGUCAAGUGUGACCAGGAGGACCACACCUACGAUGUCGUCAGUGAGGGCGUGGCUUCAAGACAGAGGAGAGGCAAUUAAUUGUUGCAAAGAUACAUAACUUCAAUUGUUGUAUAGCUUUACCUAUAUCGUUCUGUUUAGUGGCUCUUUUUGUUAAGAACAUGUACAGGAAACUGAAUUGAGAACCAACACAU